GCUGAACGUAUUUAUGCAACUGUUGAAUUCAAUAACGGUCGUGUUUUGCUAACUAAAAAAGAAAUGGCCUCAGAUAGCUGCCAAGUAAAAUGUACAGAAGAUACUUUUCCACAUGCUCGUUUGUGCCAGAUAUGUUCCAAAAAUGGCAUUUCAAGACCUGCGACGAUAUUUUGCUCAACAUGUGAAGAAUUUCAGUGUGAAGAUUGUGCAAAUGGACAUACAAUUUAUAAGUUUUUAAAAAAUCAUAAUUUACAAAACGCUACAGAAGCCAAACCUUCUUUAACAAGAAUAUCUAUUUGCGAGAAACACAAUGAGUCGAUCGACUUUUACUGCAAAGAACACAAUGAGCUUUGUUGCGGCACCUGUGCUUUUCUCGGACACAAACAGUGCUUAUAUAUAGAUGAGAUAUCAAGGACUUCAGAACAAACAGAUAAUGAUUGUACAUUUUUGAAAGACAAAUUCUGUGAAUUGCAAAAUGUUGCUGACCGUAUAGGAAAUCAUCUUGUAAAGUCUGAAACACAUUUAAAAAAACAGGCACAAAACGUUCUUAAAGAAAUUAAUGGCGUGCAAGAGAAGAUGAAUAAGUCAUUUCAAGACUUAUCCUGCGAAUUACAAAAGGAAGCUCUCUUUUUCAAAGAACAGAAGGCUGAUGAUUUAAACAAAGUGCAAAAUAAUUAUAUACAAUUACGAAACAAACUAGAACAUGAAAAAGACCUCCUUUCAUCGGUGUUGAAGGAUGGAAGACCGACUCAACAAUUUUUGGCACAAUUUCAAUUAAACGACAGUCUCACAUCUAUGAAGGAAGAGUUAAAACAUGUAACAUCCAAGUUAGACCGAAUGGAUUUCAAAAUUGAAUUCGAAAAAUGCAUUUAUUCUUUUUCCGAUGAUUUUCGAGGUAAUCUUACUACUUCAGUAACUAAACACUAUCAUUCUACCGAAAAUAAAAAACUGAAUUUUAAAGUCAAUACAACAGUUAAUAUAUCCAAAUUAUACGCUGAAGAUAAACAUUUGUUAUAUACCAAUAUGGAAUUUCUGAAAGACGGGAGGCUCCUUGCAAUCGAAUGUCAUCAUAAAGACAUGCUAAUAUUUGAUGAAAAAUUGAAGUGUGUAAACUCCCAUAGGUUUCAUUCAACACCAUUUUGCCUAGUCCUUCUGUCCCAGACAGAAAUUGCAGUAUCACAGGCUGGUCGUAUUGAGUUCUACUUUAUUUCCAGAGACAAUACUGUCAUUCUUCUGAGAAUCCUGAACACUUCUUAUAAUUGCAGAUGGUUACGCGUGUUAGAUGAAGAUAAUUUUGCAGCAAGCUAUCUAAAUGAAACGUGCCUGAAAAAGAUUUCACAUAUAGGAAAAGAAAGCGAUAUUGUUUGUGAAACUCCUUUAAAACAAUUUUCUGAUAGUGAUUUUCAGUUUACAUUCAUUGCAAAUACGGAAAAAGUAGUUACUUGCAAUCAAGAUGACAACUCUGUGUGUAUAUAUGACAUUGUAAAAAACACUGUUGUAACAGUUAAAGACAAAACAAUAUUGUCGCCUUCAUGCAUGGCAGUUGGUCCUUUAGACAGCAUACUUGUAUGUAGUAGUGUGGGAAAUACAAUUGUUCAUAUUUCCCCUGCGGGUACAAUAGUCGGGGCAUAUGACUUGGGACUUGUUUCCCCGCUUACUUGCUGUAUUUCUUCAGACAUGAAAAAGAUUGCUGUAACUAGUGGCAAAAAUGGAGAGCAAGUCCUGAACGUUUUGGACAUUUCUUAUUGAAGAGUAACAUACAGAAAACAAUUUCAAAGAAUACUUUGUCUAGAACUUGCUCUCUUUCUAUGCUGAUCCGUUUUUAUGACAAUGUUGUUUUUAGUAACCACCACAUGUAAUAUCUCAUUAUCUGCUGUCCUAUAUGCAAAUACUGUUAUUAUGUGAUAUUUUCUAUUUCACACCACUUAAAAGAUAAUUCACUUGAAAAAUUGUGAUUAUAAUUUUACGCAGAUAUAUCUAGAAGAAAGUGUGAAGUAAAUGGUUUUGUGUUUUUUUUUUUUGUAUUUCAAAACUUUCCGGAAUAAAUAAAUGAA